CCUCAAACCACAGCCUCCCUCGGAGGGAGAGCGAGUAGAGUUCAAUCUAGUCUGAGUGAUAUCCAAAUGCGGACAGAAAGGGUCGUUUUAUCAUGCUACUAUUUGUCGUGACGAUGCAAUUUUCAAAAGCAGAGUACUGUCAUAAAGUGACACGCCUGCCACAAGUGCUCCAACUGAUCUUUUCAAUUAGCCUUCCAUGCAUGAUCCAGGGCGACUUCCGCCUAUUUCCAGAAAUUAAGCUCAAACUUGACGUGCAGCUAGUUUUAUUUUAAAGACAAAUGUCAGAGAGGCUCAUCAUAUUUUCCCCCUCUUCUAUAUUUGGAGCUUAUUUAUUGCUAAGAAGCCUGGGCUCUUGGAGUCAAUUUAUCAGGAGGCUCCAAAGAGAGGAGAGCGGAGCGCGCGUAGAGCAGAGCUUCUCCAGGGAGACUUCCUCCAAAGCCUGGAGCUUCAGGUCACAGCGGCGUGAACCAGCUCGGCGGGGUGUUCGUCAACGGGAGGCCGCUGCCCGACUCCACGCGGCAGAAGAUCGUGGAACUCGCUCACAGCGGCGCCCGACCCUGCGACAUCUCCCGGAUCCUGCAGACCCAUGCAGAUGCAAAAGUCCAAGUGCUGGACAAUCAAAACGUGUCGAAUGGAUGUGUGAGUAAAAUUUUGGGCAGGUAUUACGAAACUGGCUCCAUCAGACCCAGGGCAAUCGGAGGUAGUAAACCGAGAGUAGCGACUCCAGAAGUUGUAAGCAAAAUAGCGCAGUAUAAACGAGAGUGCCCCUCCAUCUUUGCUUGGGAGAUUCGAGACAGAUUACUAUCAGAGGGGGUCUGUACCAACGAUAAUAUACCCAGUGUGUCGUCGAUAAACAGAGUCCUACGCAACCUGGCUAGCGAAAAGCAACAGAUGGGUGCCGACGGGAUGUACGACAAGCUAAGGAUGCUGAACGGGCAGACGGGGACCUGGGGCACCCGGCCCGGCUGGUACCCCGGCACCUCGGUACCCGGGCAGCCCGCUCAAGACGGCUGUCCGCAACAGGAGGGAGGAGGGGAAAACACUAACUCCAUCAGCUCUAAUGGAGAAGAUUCAGAUGAAGCCCAAAUGAGACUCCAGCUGAAAAGAAAGCUGCAGAGAAAUAGGACAUCUUUUACCCAAGAGCAAAUCGAAGCCCUUGAGAAAGAAUUUGAGAGGACCCACUAUCCCGAUGUGUUUGCAAGAGAGAGACUAGCUGCUAAAAUAGACCUGCCUGAGGCAAGGAUACAGGUGUGGUUUUCUAACAGAAGGGCCAAGUGGAGAAGGGAAGAGAAGCUGAGGAACCAGCGAAGACAAGCCAGCAACACUCCCAGCCACAUUCCCAUCAGUAGUAGUUUCAGCACAAGUGUUUACCAGCCGAUCCCACAACCAACCACCCCUGUUUCCUCUUUCACAUCAGGUUCCAUGUUGGGCAGAACGGACACAGCGCUCACAAACACGUACAGUGCGCUGCCGCCCAUGCCCAGCUUCACCAUGGCCAACAACCUGCCUAUGCAACCCCCAGUACCCAGCCAGACCUCCUCCUACUCUUGCAUGCUGCCCACCAGUCCAUCGGUGAAUGGCCGGAGCUAUGAUACAUACACCCCUCCUCACAUGCAGACACACAUGAACAGCCAGCCAAUGGGCACCUCUGGCACCACUUCCACAGGUCUCAUUUCCCCUGGAGUGUCAGUUCCAGUUCAAGUUCCUGGCAGUGAACCUGAUAUGUCUCAAUACUGGCCAAGAUUACAGUAA